UGUAGAUUUACAGAUUGCAGACAGAGCUUCUGGAGGAGUUGGCUCUUCUGUGUCUUCCUGUAUGUGCUGUUGUAGUUAAAUAAGGCCACGCACUCCUUGACAACACGAUGUUCAAACAACUCAGGGAGGUCCACAAGUUUACUGACCUCAACCAGGUUGAUAACUGCAUUUAAACAGUUCGCUCCAUCUCAGCAGCUCUAACUUUGAGGUCCUCUCCAGGUUUCUCCUUGCCUGGCUCCUUGCCAAAUGUGAGUCUUUUGCUCAGAGGGACAGGUGCAUAGAGGGAUUUAUUCUUACUGAACACCCGCUCUUGCAAGAAGCAUGUCAACUUCUCUUCUCCUGUAGCAUGGGCUGUGUUGAAGUCUGCAACAAGCGCAUCAGAAGCAGGCGUGGCUGACUGCAGGGUUGGGAGUGUAGGUGAGGCUGGGUUGAACGGGAAGGAUUCAAACUCAUUCAUACACCAGGUUCUGUACGCACUGCUCAUCUUGUUGCAUUUGUUUAGGGCUGCAUUCUGUGUGCUUCCUCUUGUCUUUUUUUCGGUUGGCCAGAGUGUUGAGAGCUGCCCGGAUCUGUGCCACAUUGUUCACAUUUCUAGAGUGCACCAGCAGCUGCUUCUCAUUCUGGAGGAUUGAGAGCCAGCCAGACUUCAUUUUGCCUCCCUUGUUCAUGGUGCACUCAAUCCACAUGUCCCAGGCUAUGUUGGAGUAAGGGUUGCCUGUGAUAGACUGAGUGAAGUCAGUAGGAAGGAAGGCGACCUGAUCGUCAGGGAGAGCUGUCAGCAUCUCCCAGAAGUCUGGCAACCACCUCCCAUACCUAUUGUCAUACGCUACACAGCAAAUUGAGAAGAGUUGAACUCUUGGUGUUAAACUAGACAUACACUAGUAGAGUUAAUUAUACUCUGGAUAGAGUUAAUCCAUUAUAAUUAACUCCCAGUUGAUAAAUAGUUGUUGUCAAAACCGAGUGUAAAAAGGAAGUGUCACUAAAUCAAAUCUCUAAGUGUAAAUGUUUAAAUAUUAACUCCGAACUUCUUAAUCUAAACUCUGAUCCUGUGUUUCACACCUCAAGUGUUAACGUCACCACUCCCUCCCUCCUCCUACUCCAUACGAACACCGCUCUGCUGAAGCAAGUUCAGUCUAGACUGCGUGUCAAUCGGUCUGCUGAAGAUAGAGCUACAUCUCAACUUUAAACGGUUACACUGUUCGGUAAGUACAUGAAGUAGUAUCUGAUAAUAUUUUAUUUUAUAUUAAUAUUACUCUUCGGGCACCCGGUCAUUUUGCAAUGGUGAGCCACGGUAACUUUACUCGUUACGCUGUUACUAACCAUCCAAACACCUGCUUAAUGAGCUAGAGGUUAGCAUGCAUGCCUGGUCUCACUGUAACAUAAAAAGUGAGUAACGGCAGUAAACAGUAAGUUUGGCUUGACGUUUUGGCUGAGUGAGACGAGUCAUGUACUUUGUAAACAUAGAUAUAAAACGUGAUAAGACGAUGCUAAUGGUUCGGAGUUGCUAGCUAGCGUGCUAAAGUGGUGCUAACGCUAGCAAGCAAUUUUUUUGUUUUCUUGUUGCAAAAAUAAAUAACACAGCUCUUGGUAUAGGUAUAAGUAGGUAUAAGUAUAACAUAACUUUUUGUCAGUAACAAACACACACCGGUUUUCGACAGACUGCUCAUCUUAACCGUGAAUAGCACGAUGUCUUUUUACUGGGUCACUUUGAAAUAUCACUAUUAUUUUGAGAGGGAGUUAUAUUUCUAAGUGUCAUAUGGUUUAUCUUGGGAGACAGUUCAAUGUUGGUUCCCUCAAUGACAUAAUUUUCAUUGCCUUAUGUCUUUUAAAAUGUGUAGAUCCAUUAAUGUCUCCUGGCAUUUCUUGCGCACGAAAAUGCUGGCAAAGGUGAAAUACGGAGGAGUCGAAAAAUACAUCAAAAUUCCACAAAUUGAUGAAAACUUUGACUUCCAGAAGUUUCUUCAAGAAGUAACAGACAAAUUUAGUCUGCAGGCCCAACUUGUGACUGAAGGUGUGCUCAGCUUGACUGACACAUCAGAGACUGAGGUUGAUGCCGACACAUUCGAUGAGCUGGUCAAGUCAGGGGUGAGGAACUUCAAGGUUGGAUAUCGCCAGUAUCCAGUAACAGAUUCAUCUGUAAUACUAGACACAUCACCAUCUCCAGACCCUCCAGCAUCACUAGCUUCGACGCCAGACUUCACAGCACAAUCACCGGCAUCUUCCAUUUCAUCAGAUUCUACUAUUAUCCUCCCAACCACAAAGAAUAGGAAGAGGGCCAUGAAAGACCUGGAUCGCGAUAAAGCAAGACAGAGGGUUGAAACUGCUCUGAGCUCUAAGCCAAAGGGUGAAGAAAUCUUCAAAGAGUAUGACAAAACCAAAACACUGUCAGUUGCGACACGCAAGCAGAUGGUCAACAUUCUGGUUGCAGAAAUGAUAGAUACAUACGGGAGGAUUCCACCAAUGCAUGUCCGGGCCAGUUAUGCACUUGGAAUUGUGACCCUUUUUCCAUAUCUCCAAGAUCCUUACUCAAAACAUGGAUAUGAACACUACUAUGAUCCUCAGGCCAAUACUGGCUAUCUUGCAUGGAGACUCAAGACAGUACAACGCAACACCCAUGAUGGCUUCCGUGAGUGUUCCAGGCCUGAUUUCCAGGACAGUCCGACAACACAACGAGAAUCUCUGUUAACGUUAACUGGUGAUCAGCUCCUUGGUGAGGAGUGCAGGGAGGCUCUCUCCAUAAUGAGACACUCAACGGAUAAAUCUGUGGUUAGAGAGAAGAUGAGAGUCACCUUUGACUACAGACAGAAGCUGGUUCAUGACCAGGGUGCAACAGCUUCAGUGUUGGAUGUCUUCCCUCGCUUUCUUGAUACAGCCGGACUGAUUGAACAGGAUUUUUCCAUGAUGUUCGGGGACCAUGUAUCUGGAAGGUUUUUUGCGAGGUGGUCUUCAGAUUUCAAGCACAGAGUCAUCACAGAAUGCCAGAGUCUUCCCUCAAGUCCUUAUGUUGACGAGCUGCUGGCUGCUUCUGAUCUUGAGGUUGAGAAUGACUACGGCUGGGAUAGUGAUAUGUCUGCUCUCAUGUUGCUGUUGCAUCUCCUGCCACCUACAUCAAAAGGCCAGAAAAAAACUCCCAAGAUGAGCUCAGCACAGGCAACCAAUCAUAUUGUCAGGUUCAUUAAGGAAGGAGCCAGCCUCACUACAUUCCUGGAUAAAGUUGAUGCAAGGCAGCCUUUCCUCCUUUGCAUCGGAGAGCAAAAAAAGAAAAUCGAAAGGUUCUUCAUUGUUGUGGACCAGAAAGCUAUCCCAUGCAACGCUCAGACAUCGGUGGCUGCUUUUGAUGUGCUGUUCAAGACUCACUAUGUCUUCAGCCUCUCCUAUGAUGAAGCACCUUCUGCAUUCUACACUUUCAUCCAAACAACGAUAUACAACAUCGAUGUUGGAACCACAAAGGAAACCCCACGAGUCACGGAACUGAGGGCCAAACUACUGCAAGACCAUUAAAAUGUCACAAGGUCACAAAGGUCAGAGCACAGUUGGUCUGAUUAUGUUCACAUGUUUUCUUUGUAAAAAGCACCACAAAAAUUGUUCAGUUCUUUGUCAACAUUUAAAAUUUCAGCAUGGACUAUAUCCAGCUAAAAACUUACGUUUGAAAUGUGGAGAGCAAGGAUGUCCUUCAUCUUUUUGUACAUACAGUGGCUUCAGAAAGCACCUAAAGACUGUUCAUAAGAACCAUGAUGAGCUGGUCGAUACUAACCAGGAAGUGGCCACACAAAGACAUUUUGAGUUUGAAUCUUUAAGUGAACAGCCAACAACUUCUGCUGCAUCCAUGUUACAGGUUCCCCUUGUAAUAACACAGAACUCACUUGAAAGAAUGUGCGGUUCAGUUGUUUCACACUUACAAACCUCUGGUUGUUCUCAAAGCACUAUCCAAACGAUAGUUUGUUCGAUGGAGGAAGUUGUUAGUGAUGUUCAAAGUCGAUCACAAGAAGCAGUUCUCCAAACAUUUUCCUCUGAAACUAAGGAGUCAGAAAUUUAUAAGAAAGUAGAGCACUGUUUAAAUCAAUUAGACAAUCCCUUUACAAAAUUUAACACACAGAUGAAGAGACAAAAAUAUUAUAAUGAAAAAUGGGAAAUUGUUGAGCCUAAAGAGUUUGUCCUUGAUGUGAGAAUGGAUACGCGUAGAAAUAGAACUACAGGUGUAUAUAGUCAGAUUCCUGUAACAGACAAGUACAUGUAUGUACCCAUUUUAGGUACACUGAAAUCCAUUUUCAAAAAUAGUGAGAUAAGAGAGUGCUUCUUGCAAGAGAAACACUGUAAAAAGGGGACAUACAAAGACAUUAAUGAUGGGUUUUAUUUCCAAAACCAUCCUCUUUUUUCACAACAGAGACAUGCUCUACAAAUUUUACUUUAUUAUGACGAUUUUGAAACAGCUAAUCCGUUGGGUUCUAAAAAGGGGAUCUACAAACUUGGUUGUGUUUAUUUUACUUUAAAAAACCUCCCACCCAAGGUGAACUCUGUGCUUAUGAACAUACAUCUUGCAGCUCUUUUCUACACCCAAGAUUUAAAGACGUACGGUUUUGAAGAAAUAUUAAAGCCUCUAAUUGACGAUUGGAAAAUUUUAGAAACUGAGGGAAUCCAACUUCCAUUUAUUGAUGAACUAGUGUUUGGCUCUGUAAUUCAAGUCACAGGAGAUAAUCUUGCUUUAAAUAGUUUGCUCGGCUUUGUUGAAUCUUUCAGUGCAACAUACUUUUGUAGGUUCUGUCUGACAAACAAGGAAGAAAUUCAGUUAGUUUUUUCUGAGGAUAAUCCAACACUUACUCUGCGCUCUAGAGAGCUUCAUAUGGAACAUUGUAAUGCACUAAGUGAAGAUCCUGCUCUACCUAAUGUUUAUGGUGUUAAAAAACCUUGUGUGCUUGAUUCAUUACAGUAUUUUCAUUGUACUGAUAAUUUUGCGGUUGAUAUUAUGCAUGAUUUGUUGGAGGGUGUCGUACAGUAUGAGCUUAAGCUGUUUUUUCAGUACCUGCUUAAAAAUGGUUACAUCUCUAUCAACACGUUGUCAGAUAGGAUACAGAGUUUUAAUUAUGGACACAUGGAGCGUAAAAACAAACCGAGUCACUUAAAAAUUGAGGACAACAGCAAGCACUUAGGUUUAAAUGCAAUUCAGUCAUGGUGUAUUCUACGCAAUACCCCACUUAUGUUUGGUGAUGUGGUUGAAAGGGACAAUAAUCACUGGAACUUAUUGCUCCUCUUGAUACAGAUUGUCAAUAUAGUCUUCUCCCCUAUCCUUACUGAUGGUACGAUAUGUUACCUAAAACAUUUGAUCUGUGACCACCAUAACAUGUUCAAAACUUUGUUCCAUGAUAAGAAAUUGAUUCCCAAACACCACUUAAUGAUACAUUAUCCAAGGAUUAUAAAAAAAAUUGGCCCUCUUAUACAUAUGUGGUGUAUGCGAUUUGAAGCAAAACACAAUUUUUUUAAGAAGUCUGUAAAAAAUUUUAAAAACCUUACUAAAUCUCUAGUAAAGCAACACCAGCGUCAACUGGCAUUUUACUAUGAAAAUUAUUAUUUUAAGCGGUUUGAGAUUGGUCCUUUAAAAAUAAAAAGCAUUAAUAGCUUGGAAGGUGGAGAAUUACUCUGUCAUACACUACAAUUAGAUCCAUUUUCAGAUGUUUCAACUACAUGUUGGGUCAGAAAUUAUGGCACAGAGUACCAGAUUGACUUGUUGGUAUGCACUGGAAAAUCCCAUGAUGACCUACCUGUAUUUAAGAAAAUCUGUAAUAUCAUAAUUCAUGAACAACGUCCUUUCAUAAUAGGCUGUGCUGUUGACACGCUGUACUUUGAUGAACAUUUUCAUGUAUACUGUAUAGAAGAGCAAAAUAAUGAACAUAUUGUGAUUUUCAUUGACCAGCUGACGUAUUUUAGACCAUUUGAUAAGCAAUACUCUAAUGAGAGUGAGAGGACAUACAUUGUGCCUUACUGUUGCAUGUUCUAAUAUUUGUGGUGCAAGUUUGAAAAUAAAUGUUUUAAACUGCCAAA